AUGUUCAACCCCCCCCCAUUGAAAAUUCCUGAGUACGCCCCUGUACUAGAGCGACGUCUCGGCAAAAAUCCCGAGCGAUAUAGUCAAUAUAAAUUAUUUAUGGAAGAAUAUGAACACUUGGGACAUAUGGAAAAAGUUGAUGAGGAUAAGGAUUUAUCAGUGAAAACAUGUUAUAUGCCACACUCUUAUGUUCUUAAUGAACAUAGCCGAACAACAAAGUUGCGAGUAGUGUUUGACGGUUCGUGCAAGUCAGAUUCGGGGCUAUCGUUAAACGAUGUAUUGUUAAAGGGCCCUAUGUUACAAAACGACCUCACGUUAAUCGUAGCUAGAUUUCGUACCCAUAAAUAUGCAUUUUCAACUGACAUAAAAAAAAUGUAUAGGCAGGUAUGGGUCGAUAACGCGGAUCGAGACUAUCAGCGUAUAUUGUGGCGUGGUGACCCUAAUGAGCCAAUUAACAAAUAUAGAUUAUGUACAGUAACGUACGGAACAGUACCUGUAAGUUUCUUAUCAGUGGCAUGUCUUCAUAAAUCAACGGACAUAAAUACAAUGUGUCCCAAGGUAGCACAGGUAAUAAAAAAUGAUUUUUGUGUCGACGACUGUUUGACAGGAGCGUCAACGUUAUCGGAGGCGUUAAAUUUACGUAAUGAAUUGAUUAAAUGCCUAAGUAAAAAUGGAUUUGAAUUAAGCAAGUGGACAGCAAAUCAUGUAGAUUUAUUAAAAUAUAUACCAGUUCCAAAUGAAAAUUCACUAUAUUCAUUAAAUAUGGAAACUGAAGCAAUAAAGACAUUAGGUUUGUAUUGGGAAGCAAACUCUGAUUGUUUCAUUUAUAAAGUAUCAUUAUCAGUGGCUGAACAUAAAAUAACUAAGCGAGGUAUUUUAUCGAAUAUUGCGCGUUUGUUCGACCCGCUCGGAUUCCUCGGGCCUGUUAUCGUAAUCGCUAAAAUCCUCAUGCAGCAUUUAUGGAAACUAAAAAUAAAUUGGGAUGAUGAAUUAUCAAUAGAAAUGCAAAUGCAAUGGAAAAAAUAUUUAAAUAAUUUAGAUCAGUGUAAUAAUCUUAGUAUCCCACGAUGGUUGCAAUGUGAUGACGCAGAAAAAAUAUACGUACACGGAUUUUCCGAUGCAUCGCUUAAAGCGUAUGGGGCUUGUAUAUAUGUAGUGUGCACUAGCUCAGACGGUAGUCGCCAUUCUCAGUUAGUAUGCGCCAAAUCAAGAAUUGCACCAAUAAAUAUAUUAACAAUACCGCGGUUAGAACUUUGUGCCGCAGUACUAUUAUCAAAAUUAAUAAAAAAAAUUGUUCCAGCGUUACGAAUUAACGUUACAAAUACGUAUUGUUGGAGUGAUUCCAAAGUAGUAUUAGCAUGGAUCGCGGCGGAUGCAAUUCGUUGGAAACCGUUCGUAGCCAACCGUGUAAGUAAGGUUCAAAGGUUCUCGUCACAGUGGUCAUGGUCGUAUGUUAAUACAAAGGAGAACCCGGCCGACAUGUUAUCCAGGGGGUGUGAUGUACAAGAUCUACAAAAUUGUACGUUGUGGUGGAACGGACCAGCGUGGUUGAUGGGCGAGCAGGCGAGUUGGGAAACACUUAAUCAAAUACACGAAGACGAGGAUACAAUAUGCGAAGCGCGUAAGCAGUCGAACUCAGUGGUAAUGGUUACUGAAGUAACAAAAAAUAAUUAUUUUGUUCAACUGUCUGAAAAAUAUUCAAAAUUAAGUCGUUUUCAGCGUGUGUUUGCAUACACAUUAAGGUUUGUGCAUAAUAUUUCAAGUAAAUUAAAAUCAAAAGAAAAAUGCUUAGGUCCACUCGGUAAUGACGAAAUUCAAAAAUCAGUAAAAAUAUUUAUUAAACUCUUACAAAAUCAGUUUUUUGGUGAGCCAUUAAGUAAUAACAAAUUGCAGCCAUUAAGCCCAUUCUUCGAUAAAGAAAAUAUAUUACGUGUUGGUGGUCGCCUUGGUAAUGCGACGGACCUAGCUCAUGACCAGCGGUAUCCUAUUCUGAUUCCAUACGCGUGCCAUUUUGAUACCCUAAUUUUUAGAAACGAACAUGAAAUGUCCUUACAUGCCGGGCCCCAAGCAAUGUUAGCGAACGUGCGCUUAAAAUAUUGGCCGAUAAAUGGGCGUCGAACAGCUCGAAAAGUCGCCCACCAAUGUGUAAUUUGUUUUAAAAAUAAACCUAAUAUCGUAGAGCCAAUUAUGGGUAUUUUACCCACACCAAGAGUAAACCGGCCACUACGUAGUUUUGAAAAUACGGGGGUUGAUUAUGCUGGGCCAAUACUGAUGAAAUCACAUGCGCGUAGAAAUGCACCGUUGCAGAAAGCAUAUAUAUGCAUUUUUAUAUGUAUGGCAAGUAAAGCUGUGCAUAUAGAACUAGUAUGUGAUCUCACCACUGAUGCUUUUAUAGCCGCCUUGCACCGAUUUAUCUCAAGACGAGGAAAGUGCGGUACCAUUUUUUCAGAUAAUGGUACAAAUUUUGUAGGUGCUAAUAAGAAAUUAAGCGAUUUGUCUGCACUUCUUCUCUCAGAACAACACAAAAACCGCGUCCAAGACACAUUAGCGUUACAAGAAAUUAAUUGGAAGUUUAUACCACCACGUUCCCCACAUUUUGGUGGUUUAUGGGAGGCAGCCGUCAAGGCCGUGAAAAAACACUUAAAUCGUACCAUUGCAAAUUCACGAUUAACGUACGAUGAACUAUAUACUGUAUUAACCCAAAUAGAAUGUUGCUUAAACUCGCGUCCUUUAAUUCCUUUAUCUGAGGACCCUAUGGAUUUGGAUGUCCUUACUCCUGCCCAUUUUCUAAUAGGUAGCUCACUGCGCGCACUGCCUGAACAGGAUGUAGGAGGUAUGCCAAUAAAUAGAUUAUCUCGGUGGCAAAGAGUUCAGCAGCUUGUGCAACACGUGUGGUCGCGAUGGAGCAAGGAGUAUUUGGGGCAACUGCAAGGACGAAACAAAUGGUCCAAAUCUAGAGGGCCAUCCAUUCAACUGGGCACACUGGUAUUAAUAAAAGAAAAUAAUUUGCCGCCGAUAAAGUGGUUAUUGGGCAGAGUUACAGAUGUUCAUCCGGGACCUGACGGUGUCGUGAGAGUAGCCACGGUAUAUACAAAUUCGGGUUUCAAAAGACGCGCUGUUCGAUUACUAUGUCCCUUACCUAUAGAAAAUGAUAGCACCCAUGGUCCGUGCUAA